AUGCAUGAUCAGAGCGAUGCCGAUGACCGCGAGCUCGAGGCUCAAGGAUAUACACGGGAAAUGCCUCGGAGGUUUUCGCUAUUAUCGCUGUUUUCUCUAGGGUUCGCACUGACAGCUACUUGGAAUGGGUUUGGAAGUGCAAUUGGGACAAGCAUGGCUGAGUCUUCCUCCUUUGGAACUAUCUGGACGCUAAUUAUUGCUGCCGUGAUGAACCUUGUUGUUGCUCUCGGCAUGGCAGAGCUCGUUUCGGCUUAUCCAAACUCGGGAGCGCAAUAUUAUUGGUCCUUUCGUGUUGCGAGUCCAGAAUGGGCACCUUUCGCGUCGUAUAUGUCAGCCUGUAUCAGCACGUCCGGUUGGUGGCUAGGGCUGGCAAGCGUGUGCAACUUUGUUGCGGCAAUGGUGCUGGCUAUGGUACAUCUGUGUGUUGAAGAGUACACGAUCCGUCCCUUUCAUCAAUGGCUUUGCUAUGUGGCAGUUCUCUGGCUAGCCGUUGCAUUCAACAUUUUUGGCACGCGGUUCCUCCCCGCAUUCAAUCAAUUUAUUCUUUACUUUUCCAUGUCAACCCUCCUCUUAACUAUCGUUGUUAUCCUGGCAUGCGCCGCUCCGGAUUUCCAGUCCAGCGCAUGGGUAUUUGCGGAUACGACCAAUUCCAAUCAGUCGUAUGAUAAAGGAUUCCUAUUUAUCUUGUGUUUGUUGAAUAAUACUUAUGGAUUCAUGGGCACCGAUGCGGGUGCUCAUAUGGCCGAGGAAAUCCCUUCUCCGUCGAUCAAUGGCCCCAAGGUUAUAAUAUAUCCCGUCUUCAUCGGACUAGCAACAGCAUGGCCAUUUGCCGUUGCAUGUAUGUAUGUGGUCACCGACGUCGAAAAAGUCAUCAACCCGCCCAGUGGGAUCGCCGCGUUUACCAUUUGCUUGUUUGGCUGCGCUGUGGCCAACAUCACUGGGUCAAGUCGCCAAAUCUGGGCUGCAUCUCGGGACAACUGCUAUCCCCAGUCGACGCGGUUGGCGAAGAUCCAUCCUGAGCUUCAAAUGCCCGUAAACGCAGCCUGUCUCUCUGGAAUGUUCACUACAUGCUACGGAUUAAUCUUCCUCGGAUCCACAACGACAUUCGCAUCCAUGGUCAGCGCCAACAUCGUAUUCAUGAUGACCUCGUACGUGAUUCCCCAGGGCAUCGUAGCCUGGAGGGGACGUUCCCAAGUUCUUCCAGGACGGCAUUUUAAUCUUGGGAAAUGGGGACUGUUUGUCAACGUCCUCAGUUGUGUGUGGGUCUGUUUUUUGGACAUUGUGGCCUGCUUUCCUACUACUUUACCGGUGACGGCUACCAAUAUGAAUUGGGUUCCAGCUGUCGUUGUGAUGAUUACCGCCUACGCUAUCCUCGCCUGGUACCUCUGGCAACGGCAUGUGUUCCGAGGUCCAGGGGUAGAGCAGAUCGAGCUCCAUCCACUUCAAACGAGUCGAAGUGGAACUCCUUAUAGCGCGGGUGGAAGCAGCAACGAGGGACUUCAUAAGGAGACGAAAGCGGAAUAG